GCAAUUGUGGCCAGCCUGGAGGAGGCAGAGGAGAUGCAGCAGCACAUCGAGAACCUGGAUGAAACGUUGAGAAUGAACCUGUUGAAAAGGGUUGCAGUCCCCGGGAAAGGGGACUGCCAAUACCUGGCGCUGGUUGAGUCGGCCAAGAAACAGGGCAUCAACCUUGGCGGUGCGGCGGAU